AUUGCUCUCACCGUCGGAUCUGGUCCUGGACUGACAUGCAGUCCCAUCGGUUACUUUCUCUCACCUUCGACAUGAAGCCACGCAUAUGUCAGCACGUCGCUGCUCGUCUCUCUAAACGAUACAUUUUCUCCGCUGCUCGAGUUCACACAAAUACCACGCGAAGUUUCGCUACUCACCAGGACCCGGGUCCCAUUCCAUCGUCUUUGCUCUCGCAAGCACUCGAUCAAAAGCAAAGAGCAGGAAGCAGUCAGAAGGAGGACUCUGUAGGACCAUUUCAGCUAGGUAUUGGGCAACAGAGGUACGAGCAGCCGAAUGUGAAGAAAUGGUCGGAGCUGAGUACAGGAGGCAAGGUAACACGAGCUACUGCACGGACGACGAACUUCACUGUCAUCGUCCUUGGUGCUAGCUUUUCUGUCAUGCUCGUCUACGCAUUGACAUCAGAGCUUUUCUCCAAAAACUCCCCCACCGUGCUCUACAAUGACGCGUGUGAGCGCAUAAAAUCUUCACCACAGGUCUCGCGAUACCUCCAAGGGCCAUUGACAUUCCACCACAACCCGCCAUCCGCCAUCCGCCCCCGUCAUCGUAACCGACACGUUUCUCACCAAAUUGCAGUCGACUCCUCAGGCCACGAACAUAUGCUCUUAAAUUUCUAUGUCCAAGCCGGAUCAUCGUCGUCGUCUUCUUCCGACUCUUCAUACUUCGACACAGUGGUCGCAUGGGCAAAGGAGAGCGCGGAGGGACUACCGGACGUGACUUUGGAAGAAGCUAUCGACUGGACAAAAGAUCGAGGAAGGAGGACGGUAGAUUCUGCGAAGGAAUUGUUCAGAUACUUGACUGGAGAUCCCAUGCCAGUUGAGAGGUCGACGACUCUACCGGGAUCCAUGGCGACUGAGACGAGGGUAAAGGAAGCAAAUAAGGGGGAGAAUAAGGGCGUCUGGGGGAGCAUCACCGGUUUAUUUGGGUCGUUGAGGAGUUCCAGCAGGAGUGGCGCGGAUGAGGUGAGGUCGGAUGUGGCGUCGAGCAGGUUGUGGCAGGAGGGAGAGGUGCAUGCCGAGUUGAUCAGGAAUGAUGAUGGGUACUUUACUUUUCGAUACCUCCUCAUUGACCUCCCAAGCACUCACCACCGGAACCCAACCCGAGUUUUCAUCGUGCGGACUGAGGGAGUGCGGGAGAAUGAACCUAUAAUGAGUUGGCAGACAUACUAGUGAUGAUAACAGGACUCUUGCAUGACCAUUGGCCGUUCAGACGACGCGAUGAGCGAUGUAUAUUAUUGAUGUACACAUAUAACUUAAAUGUCCACAAGCCCAGUUCAUUCCAUCCAUUAGCAGUCUAUUCACCAAAGAGCUUUUGGACACGCUUCAAUACGGAAUCCUUUGCUGGAUCGUAUGGAUGGUCCUUUGAGGGUAUCUCCAGCAAGGAAGGGAACGCCUGUUGAUAUUUGUCCACGGUAGGACGAAUCUUUUCUGCAAUGUGUUGAUUGAUGAGCAGAAUGGCGAUAUCCUUGCGCUCGGUAUACUCCUGGAAAGCAGCCUCAAUAAUAGGUACCUGGGUUUUAGAGUCGACGAUGAGGAAGUUCUUCUUCUGCUGUUCGCUGAUAUGACCAAUGCCUGCGAGCAGUAAACCGGUGACAGUGUCCUCGUCUCCAAUAACUGCGAGAAGAUUCCGCUCCUUGAAAGCGGUUGAAGCCAUGGU